AUGAGCGCGACCGGCGUCGACUUCACUGAACUCGAGUCUUUUCAGGCACCCGCUGACCGCGAUAACCUUUUCAAACCUCCAAAUGGCGCCCGAACACCACGAAAUCCACUCGCUGCCUUACGCAAUCCCGCCGGAAAAGUCGAGUUCACACCGCUCAUGAAGAGUGCAACUGCCAAUCGAACGCGACAAGUCAACGGUGUGAUCAAGGGCGGCAUCGCUACGCCAGCUGCGUUGAAAAAGGGGUUUGAAUUGGGUGGCACGCCCCUCCCCGAAGCAAGUACAUUGAACGCCAUGUCCAGCUCAUUCAGUGAGUCUGGUGUUGGCAGCCAGACGCCAGUUCCUCUCGCAGCCGACUCAAGCGACGUGAGCACGCCAAUGGCGCUGCGAAAGCGGCCUGAGGGCGAAUUCGACGACGGUAAAGGUCUCACACUCAGGGAACAGGAAGCUCGUCUCGAACAAAUCGACAAGGAGAAUUUCGGCCUCAAACUUAAAAUCCACUUCCUGGAAGAGGGCCUCAAGAAGAUGGGACCCGAUUUCAACAGGCAAACAAUGGAAGAGAAUGUCAACCUGAAAACGGAUAAGGUUCAGAUGACACGCGACAUUCAGAAGCACAUGAAGGCCCUGAAGAACUCAGAGAAGGACCUCGAAUCAUGCAGACAGCAAUUGAAGGAAUACGCCGAGAAGGUCAAACGACGGCACGCUGACGAAGGCAUGCGCGAAGAAAUGGACGAAUUGCGACGAAUCGCCGACGAGCGUGCUGCUGAAUUGGAGAAAUUGGAAGACAGGUUAGAGGAAGCGCGCGGUGACCAAGAAGAGCUUGAGAAAGUGAACUCGGAGCUGGAAAACGCAAGAGCUGAGCUUGCUGAUCGAGACCGGGAACUGGACGAAUACGAAGACAAGAUCGAGAAGCUGGAAGGAGAGCUCAGGACACAAAGUGCCGAUGAUGGGGCAAUUCAGGAAAAAGACCGUCAGUUAGAGGAGCAAGCCCAGAAGAUCAAAAUCCUCGAGGAACAACUGCGCUCGCUUGAACAAUCAGGCGGAACACAGGCGGAGGAGAAGCAACGCCAGAUCGAGGAGCAAGCUGAGCGGAUUGAGGUCUUGGAGGAAGAGCUCAAGACCACAACGCGCUCGAAGGACGCUGAGAUCGAUACGCUGCAGGACAAGCUCGACAGUGCGUCGGAAGGCAAAGACCAGGAGCUGCGCGAGCUUGAACAACAAUUGGAUGAAGUAGAGAAGCAAUUGAACGAGGUGGAAGAGGAGAAGCAGCAGGCGGUAUCCCAACUCGAAGAGCGGCUACGGAAUAUCGAACGGGAGAAGGAUGUAGAGGCCAAAGCGCUGCGGCGACAGCUGGAAACUCUCGAGAGUGAAAAGCAAACCGAGCUGGACGCAUUGCAUGAGAGGUUACAGCUUGCAGAAUCACAAGGCGACGGCCAAGUCCAACUCGCGCAACAGGCCGCUCGCGAUGCGCGCCAAAAGGUGCUCGAUGUUACACGUGAGAAGAAUGUGGAGAUCCAGCUUCUUCAGUCAAGGGUCGACGAUGCCGAGAUCAAAGCGGAUGAAUUGGACGACUACCGCAAACAGCUUCAAGAUGCGAUCCAAAAAGCCACACGCCUGCAGCAAGAAACUACUUCGUACGAGCGACAGGUGCAGCAGCUCCGCCAAGCGCUCGCUCAGAAAGAACGGGACUUGGACAACUUGGACAGACUUCGUCGAGAACGAGAUGACGCCACUCAAGAGAUCAAUGGUCUUCGAUCGAACUUAUCCAGCAAGGAUAGCCAGAUUGAAGCGUUGCAAAAAGUCACACGUGAGCGCGACGCUUUAUCGCGCGAUCUCGCAACUUUGCAGAGCUCGCUUCAAUCCAGCGAGCGCAAUGCACAGAGUCUCCAAAGGAAGCUGGACUCCCAUGACAACACACUUCAAGAGCUUAAGCAGCUGCAAAGUGAGCUGAGCGACCGUUCCCGCGAUCUGGAAAACGCACGAAGGACCAUCUCGGAACGCGACGCAGAGCUGGAUGCGCUCCGAAGCCAUGCCGAUGAGCCGGGCACCCAGCUCGAUGUCAUGCAAGACCUGCUCCGAGAACGGGACGAUGAGCUCGAAUCUUUGCGAGCAGAGAUGAAUGUCCGUAAGGGCGAGGUGGACACUCUACAACGGUUGGCCACCGAAAGAAUGGAGACAUUGGAAUCGCUCAAGGUUCAGAUGGAGCGAGAAAAGCAAGAUCUGGAUGACGAGAUUGACGUGCUCCAGGAGCAAGUAGACGAAGUCAACGAUGAAAAGACUUCUUUGGAAGACAAGAUCUCAGUGCUCGAGUCAAUGCUCCGCGACAAGGAACGCGAGCAGAUUUCUCUCCAGAACGAAGCCAGGGCUACACAGCGCGAGCAAGGAACUGCCCUGGAUGAGAAGAUCCGGAACCUUGAAUCUUCAAUCCGCGAAAAAGAUGCUCAGCAUCGCCGGCUCCAAUCCGAGUUCAAAGCCUCACAACGCGAUCAGAAGUCCAUCUUCGAGCAGCAGCUGCGAGACCUUCAGAGCGAGCUCCGUGAUUUGCAGUCGCAACUUCGCGAAAAGGAAAGCCAAUUCCGGCUUUUGCAAGCCUCGACCAAAGCAGUCCAGCAGAAGGCGGUGAAUGAAGCGAUAGAUGUCGGUGCCCAAACCCAGGCUCUCGAAAAACGCCACGUAAAAGAGAUCAAUGGUCUCGCGAAGCAGAUUCAAUUUCUCCGUGCACGAUGCGUUCGCGCGGAAGGCUUCCGCGAAUCCCUUGGUUAUCAGAAACGAUUCUUCCUCAUGAUGAUUGAGGUUUACAAUCAAUGCAAUCAAGAAGACCUUCACCUCAUCUCAGAGAUGGGCAUCACCCCUGAUGUCUCAAUCCACGCGAAGAAGCCGACAUUGAAGGCAGCUGGCCUGGCUGUCAUGGCCGCAAUACGAAUGAAAAAAUGGAGCGAAGGGUGGGCAGCCAACCGCAAGGUGCACGCGCAGCUUGUGAAGACGCUAGAGAGCAUGAGGCGUAGUGGAAAGACGACUACGCCUGGGCGGCAGCAGCUGAGCUUUGCUAGGUAG